GGUGCUGGGAGGGGGCAAAUCCCCAAAUCCCAAUGGGUGUUUUGGGUUUUGCUGGGGGAGGGGGCGGCUCUGGGAUGUUUGGUGCUCCCCAAGGGGGGGGCGGGGGGGGCAUUGGGGUCUUACCCGGGGUCCUCGAUGCCCCCCCCCCCCCACGCAGGUGCAGCCCGGGGGGGUGCUGGAGCUGCGGGUGCUGUCGGCGCGGGGGGGCCCUGGGGGGCCGUGCGGGGGCCCCCCCUCCUGCCGCCUCGUCUUUCGCCUCUGCUUGCGCCCCCCCGGGGGGAUCGGCUGCAGCCUGGGGGAUCACUCACAGCCCCCCCGGGCCCCCCCCCAGCCCGGGUGCCCCCCGCCUGCUCCGCUUGCCCUUCGCCUUCCCCUGGCCGGGCACCGUGUCCCUUGUGGUCGAAUCCUGGCGGCUGGAUGAGGCCAAAGGGCCUGGGGGUGAGGCCGGCUGCUGGGCCGAGCGGUGGCAAGGCAGCGCCUGGUGCCGGGGGGGCCGUGGCGGGGGGGGGCAGGGGGGGGGCUGCGCUUCGGCACCCGCCUGCGCUGCCGCACCCCGCCCGUGGCCCCCGCUGCCUCCCCCCGUGCCCCUCGGCCGCCCCUGCCCCCGCCGCUGCCCCCCCUUCCCCGCUGCCUGCCGCCGCCCCCCCCCCACCCCACACCGCCGCUGCUGGCCCCCCCGCUGCUGCCCCCCCCGGGAGUGCCCAGAGCCCCCCCCCUCCUCCCCGGCAUCCCCCGACGCCUGUCCCCAGGCUGGGGGGUGCAGGGGAGACGGCCAGGGCUGUGCCCCCCCCGGUGCCAACAGCACGGUCUUUAGGAGCGACCUGGGGGGGCCGCGCUGUGACCCCCCCGCCCUGGGGCGCCCCCCGUCCCCGAGAGCCCCCCCCGAAGCGGAGCCGGUGCCGGAGGCGUCGCCGUCGCCCUGCGCCCUUGGGCCCUGCUUUAACGGGGGGGCCUGCGCCCCCGCGCCCCCCCCCGGCACCGGCUACAGCUGCCGCUGCCCCCCCGGCUUCCACGGCUCCAACUGCGAGCGCCGAACCGACCGCUGCGCCGACAGCAUCUGCCAGAACGGCGGCCACUGCCUGGACCUGGGGGGCCGCAGCGUGCUCUGCAGGUGCCGCCCGGGCUUUUCGGGCCCCCGCUGCGAGCACAACGUGGACGACUGCAGCCCCAACCCCUGCGCCAACGGCGGCACCUGCGUGGACGGCGCCAACGCCUUCACCUGCUCCUGCACCCUGGGCUACGCCGGCGCCCGCUGCCGCCUGCGGGCCGACGCCUGCGCCUCGGGCCCCUGCCUGCACGGUGCCACCUGCUACACCCACUUCUCCGGCCACGUCUGCGCCUGCCCCCCCGGCUUCAUGGGCCCCCGCUGCGAGGAAGAGGUCGGGGGACCCCCCCCGGCCUCUCCUCGCCGCCAGGCCCCGGCGCCUUUGGCCAUCGCCUGCGCCCUCCCCGUCGCCCUCCUGGGGCCUGGGCUGGGUUUGGUGCUGGCGGCCCGCGGGUGGAGGAGGCGGGCGGGGGGGGGGGAGAGCAGCCGAACACUGGAGCCGGGGGGGGGUCCUGGGGUGAGCCCCCCAGGGACAGAGCAGCCUCUGCCACCCCGGGCCUCGGCCACACAGGUGAGGAUGAGGACCCUGCGCUCAGAGCGUAACUGCCCCUUCCUCGUCCUCCUCUUCUUCUUCUUUAACCCUCCCGGCACCUUCCAGGUCUGA